UACAAUGUUACAGUGGGACCCAACAUUCUAAAAUUUUGUAACAGUAGAACACAUGCACCACUAACUUGUGCUACAAUGUAAAUAUGGCCCAAAAAGCACAUCUUUCAAAUGUGUCACAUCUGAACGUGAACUCGCAGUGUGGUGACGUCAGAGAAGGUCAGAAUGAUUUAGUCUGAGGUCAUUUGAUGUCUCGAAUUCACCUGCCACUAACUGCAACCUGGAGGCAACGACCUACAAUUAACCCUCCUUACUGGUAAAAAAAAAAAAAAAUGUAUCCAAGCACCUUAAUGCAGCUGGCAUGGUCGAGUCCUUUCCAUACUCCUGUGUUCACCUGUAAACAUGUAGACGAUCAGAAACCAGAGAGCAGGCAGAAAAAACGUCAGCUAGCUGCAGCAUCUCAUGACGAUGCAGAUGUGAGCUGUGAAUAUGGGUCAAAUAAAUUUUAUGCCAUUUGUGGUUUUGGUGGGGUUUUGAGUUGUGGUCUCACACACACAGCAGUCGUGCCCCUUGACCUCAUUAAAUGCCGCAUCCAGGUGGACCCGGUUAAAUACAAGUCCAUCUUCAAUGGCUUCUCUGUCACCUUGAGAGAGGAUGGCAUCAGGGGGCUGGGGAAAGGGUGGGCCCCUACAUUCAUUGGUUAUUCCAUGCAAGGCCUUUGCAAGUUCGGUUUCUAUGAAGUAUUUAAGGCUCUGUACAAUGACAUGCUUGGAGAGGAGAAUGCUUAUCUCUGGAGAACCUCUGUUUACCUGGCUGCUUCUGCCAGUGCUGAAUUUUUUGCUGAUAUUGCGCUGGCCCCUAUGGAAGCAUGCAAAGUGCGUAUCCAGACCCAGCCCGGCUAUGCCAACACCCUGAGAGAGUGUGCCCCCAAAAUGCAUGCUGAGGAAGGGCUAAAAGCGUUCUAUAAGGGUGUUUAUCCCCUGUGGCUGAGGCAGAUCCCUUACACCAUGAUGAAGUUUGCCUGUUUUGAGCGUACUGUGGAGAUGCUGUAUAAGUACAUAGUACCAAAACCCCGCAGCGAGUGCUCCAAACCUGAACAACUAGUAGUGACCUUUGUUGCCGGUUACAUUGCUGGUGUGUUCUGUGCUGUGGUGUCCCAUCCCGCUGACUCUGUGGUGUCUCUACUGAACAAUGAGAGAGGCAGUUCAGCUGUUGAGGUGCUGAAAAGACUGGGACCUGUUGGUGUGUGGAAGGGGCUUUUUGCUCGCAUCAUUAUGAUUGGCACACUGACAGCCCUUCAGUGGUUCAUCUACGACUCAGUGAAGGUGUAUUUCCGUCUGCCCCGUCCACCACCCCCAGAGAUGCCCGAGUCCCUUAAGAGGAAGAUGGGUCUCCUUGACUACUAGACUUCUCCCUUAACAACCAGAUCCAGAGUUACUAAAGCUUUUUUCCACAUUUACCACAUGUAAUAUGCUCCCAUAGUUCAUGGUUGAAGAACAGAGUUACUUCUCAGUACUGAACGCACCAAGGCACUGUGAAUAUCACAAGAUCUGUAAGACACGCCCUGAAUACCUCCAAUGUCAAUGUAUGUCUGUAUGAAUAUUAGAGUAAAAUUAAUAACCCACUUAAUCUGUUGUUCUAGUAUGUGUCUUGUGUUUUUCACUCAUCAGGUGAAUUUACUUUGCUGUGGUUUGUGUUUUAAACACUAGAUGACAUUAAUGAAGAACAUAAUUCAGUUGCUGAAGUCUACCAAUGACCCUUUAAAAGAUACUAAUGACUAACACCCUAUUUAAGAACUGCUCUAAUGGAAAUAGAGUAUUGGUUAAAAUAAUUGUACUAAAAAGUUUUUUGUUUUUGUUUAUGAAGACUUUUAACAUUUCAUAGUGGCUUGUUAAUCAAUAUUUAAGUCCUUUUUUUUUAUUUUUUUUUACAAUAAAUCUUCACUUUCACAUUCUUCUUUUGUUUUUGCCGAUUUGCAUGCAUAUUGCCACCUACUGGGCAGGGAGAACAAUUUAUAGCAAAAAAAGGACUUAAAUAUUGAUCUGUUUCUCACCCACACUUAUCAUAUCACUUCUGAAGAUAUAUAUUUGGAUAUGGAUCCCUUUAAAGAGUAGCUAUUUCUGAAUAAGCCUUAUUUCUAGAAUAUCUUCAAUGCACCUUUAAUAAGUUUCAUAUCCACAGUGUCUCAGUUGCUUUGAGUAAGUCUGUAAGAGUGAUAAACUAAUACAAUCUCACUGUGAUGUCACAAUACCCCUGAAUUCUCUUCCCUAUACCAAUCUCAUCAGCUUGAUAUGAGUAACAGGAAAAUGGUGCACUGUGACCUCAAUACAGAGCACUCAAAGAGAAAUCCUAUCACAGAUACAUGGAACAGAAAGGGGUCAUUUACUUUGUUUCACAGAGUGACAGACGGAGUGUGCUUAUACUUUGAUAUCUUUGUGAGUGUAAUGCGUUUGAUAGCGG